UGGCUGUCGUUCGUUUCUGGUUCUUGGGAGUCGCGUCUUUUUUGGCCUCUAGUGUUGAGAGCGGGGCUUUUAAAAUCGAAUGUGUCCAGGACACAGACAAGAAAAGGGAAUUCUUUGUGAAUUUAUUGAAUAAAGUGUGAAUACUAUAUGUGAAUAGUUGGUGACAUCGUUCAGACGUUGAGUGUGUGUGAGCGUGUGUGCAUUGAGGUUGCUUUAGAACCCUAUUUAAUUGGGGAUGCCAACAACUGAUUUGAAUAUUUGCACAAGCAACUAGAUUAGAUACGCUGAGAGUGUGAGCGUGAAGUGCGAGUUUGUUUGAAUCGUGAGUGUACGUGUUUCUCUCUGCCAUGAUUUACAGCAGCCUGCCGCAAGGAGGCAUAAUGUAAACUGACAUUUUUCGUAAUUUUUCGAUUUACAUGCCGUUGCACAUAAGAAUUAAGUUAUUUGAGCGACAAUAAUACAAAAGCAAAAAUCGAGAAUUGUGUGUUACCAUAGCAAAGAUGCUGUUAAAGUGGCUGCUGUUCAGCCUGUGCAUAAUGCCGGCCCUGUUCAGCAAUACGAGAAGGAAAUGUCCCGUCGAAUGCAGUUGUAGCCUCGAUGAUUUGGAUCGCUUUCAGGCCAUUUGUACCAAAGGCGGACUAAGCUCUUUAUCUGCCAAUCAGCUGGAUGUCGAUGUGAAGGUAAUCAUUGUGCGUGGACCGCGUAACUCGAUAACCAUUGGACCGGCAAUGCGUCAGUUUACGCAAUUGCAAGUGCUGCGCAUUACGGACUCCAAUCUGCCGGCAAUUGGGGCCGAGUCCUUGUGGGGUCUCAAACAUCUCUGCAUAUUAGAUCUAUCGAAGAACAACAUCACAAACAUCACGGAGAAUAACUUUCGGGGCCAGGAUAAUCUAUUGGAAUUGGAUUUAUCGAAAAAUAAAAUACUACGCAUGGCGAGUUCAACAUUUCGACAUCUGACGGAUCUGCGACGUCUUAAUUUGGCCGAUAACUCAAUCGUGGAGCUUGUGCAGCGCAACUUCUUCAUGCUGAGCAAACUCAAGUACCUGGACUUGAGCGGAAAUCCGUUGCAGGAUUUACAGCCGGAUGUGUUUCGCGAUGUGACCGAGUUGAAAGUACUGAAAUGCCGCAAUUGCCAGCUGAAAAAAAUCAAUCCGCAAUUGUACAAUUUAUUGCCGCAUUUAAGCGAAUUGGAUUUGGGACGCAACGAGUUCAAAUUCCUUGACAAGGAUGAAUUUCACGAUGUGAAGCAUCUCACAAAAGUUUUACUCGAUGGCAAUCAAUUGUCUGUGGUCGUCGACCAACUCUUUCGCAUGCAGAAAAGUCUUAAUCACUUGGAUUUAUCGUACAAUCGUCUGGCCAAAGUGCCGAAUGAUUCGUUUCUUCAGUUGACCAAUCUAACAUUUCUGGAUCUGUCCUACAACAAAUUGGUGCGCCUCGAACCGCAAUCGGUCCGCAGCUUAAGCAAUUUGCGAGUCUUGAAUAUCAGCGGCAAUGUUCUGAUGGACUUAAGGGAAAUGCACGAGACAUUUGAGCUUAUACCAGACUUAACGCACUUGGCUGUUGCUGACAUGGGCCAGUUGCCCGUUGGCUUGUUGACGCCCUUUAGGCAAUUGCGCUAUUUGAAUAUCUCGGGUAAUUCAUUGGAUAACAUGGCAUUGCAAGUUAUCGAUCCAUGCCGAGAGCUGGAGUAUUUGGAUUUGUCUCGCAAUCAGUUGUAUGGCAUCAAUGCCGAUACGGCAAUGCGUAUUCAGGGUAUACGCAAUGUAAGACUGGACAACAAUCCGUUGAUAUGCGACGAGUGUCAUAUGGGAAAAUUAAUAAAUGUGGUGCGACAACUGCAAUGGAAAUGGGAUACGUAUCCCAUUUGCUUUUUGCCCAAAAGUUUGCGUGGCGCUGAAAUAAUUAAUUUGGACAUUGGCGGGCUUCACACGUGCCUCGAUUACAUCAGCGACGAGGAGCAAAAUGCUGCGAGCACUUCAUAUAAUUUUCUUGAGCAUGGUGGUCUUAAUACUUUGGCUAUAUUGGGCGGCAUUAUCUUUGUGCUAAUUGCUGUCAUCAUAUUGUCACUUGUUGCCUGCUUCUCCAAGAACCGAGCACGCUACUACACGAGAGAGGAUCAUUUGACUGGCAGCGAUAGCAAAUGUUUGGAAAAGAAUUUGGAGGCAACCACAAUAACAACUUUGGGCAACGGCAGCUCACCGACAACGACAACCACACUGACACUGGCCACAUCGCCAGCAGCGGCAGCAGGAACAACAACGUCUACAAACGGUCAUGUGCAGAGUCCUGCCAAUGGCAAUACGCCAGCACACAAGACGCACGAUGGAGGCAAGGAAAUCAACUUUACCUUUCCCAUUGACGAUCGCGUUUGCACUAUCGAUGAACUCGUAUUACCAGCAUCAGCAUCGCCAGCCAUUGCUCAAGUGCAUGCAACUACACAUCCAAGCAUGGGCAGUCUAUUGUAUAGCGUGGCACAGCCGAAUGUGGUGGGCGGAAGCAUGGGCGGAACAGCCACAGUGUUGGCCGCUGCAUCGGCUGCGGCAACUGUGAUUCCUCCCGGUGCACCCUCGCCGAUGCCAGCGCCCGCGCCCGCUGAGGCUGUGGUUGUGGUGCUGCCACCACCGCCGCCGCCACAGUUGCCGCAUCAACAACACCAACAUCAUCAUCAUCAUCAUCCACAGCUUGCACAACUUCCACAACAUCCUCCUCAGCAUCAACAGAUGGGCAGCUUGGCCAGCCUGCGCGAGGUGCAGCAGCAGCUGGUGCAUUUGAGCAGCACGCUCGAGCCGCUGGUCAGCGUUAACUGACCCAGGGGCUUAGCAGCAGUUGCCGAUACCGAUGCGGCGGCAACAGCAACAACAGCAACAGCAACAGCAACAGCAACGAGUAAGUUUGCCAAGCAAACAGCAGUGAGUACGACAGCAACGUAAGCUCACACAAACACACACCGAAGUUGUGUAACAACGAGAGAGACUUUGGCAAACGGAGACGUAUAAUUAAUGACAAUGCGGUCGUAUGUAGUAGUAAAAAGCAAGCAUUGUUUUUUCUUUAGGUGGGGUCAAAUUGAAGUGAAGUAAUUAGGAUUUGAGUUUGCAAUUAGGUUCAUUUAUCAGCGACGACGAAUGUGCUACCAAAGUAAGCUCCUCCCACGGCAUAAAUAACGAAAAAUAAUGCGGAUUUCAACUGCAUCCAGUUCAUCGAUUAUGUUAGGGUAGAAUAUAUUUUUGGUAUCACUACGAGGCGUCGUCAUCGCAUUUCUACUUCCUGAGCAUACUGCCAUUUUCUUGUGCAUUGCGCAUACGCAGCGUAUUACCAGCGUUUCAUUACGUAUAUUUGUAGUUUUAUUUUGUACGACUCUGCAACUAUGUAUGUGUGUGUAUAUAUAUGAAUUGUGUUUGUGAACUUGAUUGCACACAAUUGCAAUUAAAUUAAAUUUAUGGACGAACAAGAAAAACAAAGCGGUUAGGGCAUUAACAUUUGUAAGUAAAAUAAAUAAACGAAAAGGAAACUACAGCACAUUUUAAAUGUGAUAACAUUUUUGUAAAUAAAAAAACGAAAUUUGAAAAAACAAAUAUUAAAAGUUUACAUAAAUAAAACGAAAUUGUACAUUUGGAAAAUUGCGAAUUGGAAAUUGAGCAGCCGCUGUUUUGUUUAGCGAUUAAAAGAAAAUAAUUAUAAAUUUAAGCAUAACUUAUACGAGACAAGUAUAAAUUAGCACAUAGUUAGUUGGUUAGAUUUUAAACACAUCUAAAUUUAAAACAUUUAAGCCUAAACUUAAGGAAAUAGUAUGUCAAAAACCAACCAACUAAAUUUAGAUAUUAACGAAUAUAAAAGAAAAACAAAAACAAUCACAAUUGAAACCCAACCAGAAAGCCCAAACGAUAACUUUUGUUCUCUAACCUUUCACUCUUUGUAUAAACUUAAGAGCAUUUUGAUUUCAUUUUUAUAACAAUGGCAAAUAAAUAAGCAAACGAACAA